AAAGUGAAAGGUGUAGGUAGGGGAAAAAAACGAAAAGAAAGAAAAGAAGAGCAAGAACAAAUUGGGGGUUAGGGAUUGCAUCGAUAAUAUGGGGGAGGAGGAAGAAGAACAAAUUUUGGAGAGACUGAGGAACCAACCCAUCUACUCGCCACCACCGUCUCCCACCUCCGUCUUCCUCAUCUCUCCACAACUCUACUUCUCACAACCACCGCCGCUCAGCCCCCAACGCCACUUCUCACCACCACCAACUACCUCCGUCCUCGGUUUCUCAGCACUUCCCAACUUCCGAUCCCUAGUCAGAAUAGGACUGCCUCCAUCUAGAUGCCAAAUUAUAUAUAUUACGGUGUUCGAAUUACACGAGUUCUCUUUCUCCGGAAGAAAAGAUAACAGAAACUUAAGCGUGACCAUUUUGCCAAGUCCUCUCUAUUUAUCACAAUAUUUAGAGGAUUACGCACAAGAUUUUGGCGGUGCAGUUGACGUUAUUCUGAUGUUCCUUGAUGAAAUUCCGAGGUGGUGGUGGCGGUGGCGGUGGCGGCAGCGUUUGAAACUGAAAUCUGAUCUUCUUAGCUCAUUGUGUGUAUGUGAAAAAGAACCAGACGAUAUUGCAGAAAUGACACGAACAUUCGUGCUAGAAUCUAUUCCAUCGGGGCUUUUCCUUCCGCCAAAAAGUCCCAAAAUGGUAUCAAUCUGGAGUUGUUUAUCAGUAGUGAAAAUAUCACGCAAGAUUUCAAUUGGCUUAUUACAAGUGCUUCCGUCAGUCCAACUACCACAAACUCUGCAUAUUGUUAUAGUUGAAGAGAAAAUGACACGGCUGCUUAGCUGCUCAGGGGAAUUCAUUUCUCAGGAUUCUUCUUUAGCAGAGGAAAGAUCAGUUGAAAUUACGGUGGAAGUUGAUGCUACAAACAAUGGAGCACAUGGUGUCAAGGCAUAUGAAAACUUCCCUAUUGUAUCUCAUUCAGAGAAGAAAAAUAUGACAGACAAAUUAAAGAGAAAUUACAAAAGCAUUAGUGUACUUACUCGGGAGAAUCUCGAACAACAUUUUGGCAGUAGUCGUGAAGAUGUUGCAAACAGUUUUGGAGUUAGCGUAUCUACAAUGAAGCGCAUAUGUAGGAAGCAUGGGAUCUCUCGGUGGCCAUUUCAACCAGAGAGAAAAAAGGAAAGAUUGACGGAAGUUAUCAGUCCAUCUAUGCAUGAGAAACAUGAUUCGAGGCUUCGAUGCAUCCAAAAACCCCUACAUGCUAGAUCUUCACCUCGAACUAUAGCCUUACUAGAUGGAGGAGAGAUGGUGCAACUUGAUUCAUCAAAACAACAAUCAUUGGUGGAAUUUGAUGUUACAACCAAUAGUGCUCAUCUUGUCAAGGCAAGUCAGAGCUGCUCUACCGUAUCUCAUUUAGAUGAGACAAAUUCAAGAGAGACAUUAAAGAGAAAAUGCACAACAGAGAAUGUACUUAGUUUUGAGGAUCUCCAACAACAUUUUGGUUGUAAACUUGACGAUGCUGCUAAGGCCCUUGGUGUUAGUGUAUCCACAGUGAAGCGCAUCAGCAGGCAACAUGGGAUCCCUCGGUGGCCAUCUCAUAAGAAAAGAAAAGUUUCCAAAACGGAUUGUAUACUCCUUGAACCACAGGGAGAAAAGGAUGUGUCAUCCACCUGCAGCCAGAUGCCAACUGAUGGGCAAACAGAGAGAGGGAAUGAAAUGGUUGGACAGCUUCAGGACCAAAAUGAAGGCCCAAACUUGUUGAAUACAGAGAAUGGUUCAAACAAAGAGAGCAUAACAACCCUUAUUUUUGAGGAUUCUGUCCCUGUUUCCGAAAUUGACUGUAUACUCUCUGAACCAGAGGGAGAAAAGAAUGUGUCACCUACCUGCAAGACACCAAUUGUUGGGAUUGUGCUAGAUUUUAUAAAAGGCCCAAACUUGUCGAAUACAGAGAAUCAUUCAAACAAAAAGAGAAUAACAACUCCUACUUUUCUAGAUUCUGUCCCUGUUUUUGAAAGAGACUGUAUACUCCUUGAACCACAAGGAGAAAAAAAUGCGUCACCCACCCACAAGACUCCAACUAAUGGGCAAACAGAGGUAGCGAAUGGAAUGGUUGGACACAUUCGAGACCAAAAUGGGAUUGUGCCAGAAUUUAUAGAAGGCCCAAACUUGUCGAAUAUAGAGAAUCGUUCAAAUGAAAAGAGCUUAACAACUCCUAAUUUUCAAGAUUCUGCCCCCGGUAAUUAUCCUGCCAUGGAUUUUUCUAUUUCAUCUACCUACAGAGAAAGUGGUGAAGCAGGUGGUUCUUCUGAGUUGGCAUUUCAACCGAAAGAAUUGACUCAAUCGACGGCUUAUCCAAAUCCCGACACUUGUAUGUUUACACAGCCGCAUAUAUCAUUAAGAGAGAUGCUAAUUGAGAAUGUGGGGAGUUCAAAAGAUUCUAGAAAUUUCCCUACUUCAGCAAUGGGGUUUCUUACGGGGGGACUUGUCUCUGAAUCUAGUUGGACAAUGCCUUUGUGUUCUGAUCAAGCUCCAAUGCAAACCAUGACUACUAUUCCCCAUACAAUGCCACAUCUCACAGAAAAGCAAGAUAUAAGGACUGUGACGUUUAAGGCACAAUAUAGAGAUAAGAAAAUAAAAUUUCGUCUCUCUUUAUCAUCGGGAAUUGUCGAAUUGAAGAAAGAAGUGACAAAUAGACUGGGAGAGCUUGGCAUCUUUGAGGUCCAUUAUCAAGAUAAUGAUAAUGAGUGGAUUUUAAUAGGCUGUGAUACAGACGUAUUAGACUGUUUCGAACUUUCGAGUUCAUCGGGGAAUGAAGUAGUUAGAUUAUUGGUUCGUGAUUAGGUUGGCAAUUCCAAGAAUUUCAGUAAAAGCUGCAUAAGGUUGAAGAGCAAAAGGUCAUAGAAUGCUACAUUACUACAAUGUCUAUAUUUCAGAGCUCGUUUAAGGUUUUGGGGAUUUUUUGGCUUAUGAUUUUGUGAGUUGAUUUGCUUUUUGUGUGUGUGUGUGUGUGUGUGUGUGUGUGUGUUUUAGUUUGGUUUCUAGAAAACUAGUUUUUAUUUAUUUACUUUUUUCUUGUGUGCUUUCUUUCUGUUGGAGCUUGAUUGUUGUCUCUAGGCUGCGUAACAUUUACUGA